GACAUUGAUGAGUGCUUUGAAAAUACUCGCAACUGUAGCAAGGGGAACGCAACUUGUACAAAUACCGAGGGAUCGUUUACUUGCUCUUGCAAUCCCGGAUUCACUGGGGAUGGACACAACUGUACAGGUAAUACAAAUUAAUCAGUGCAAGUUUUUUUUCCGUUUCAAUAAGUAAAACCCACAUAGCUACCUGCACCAAAGGCGAUUUCCUUUUUGAACAGACCUUCCAGUUUAUACAGUAUCAGACGUGGCGUAUUUAUUUGAUUUCGCUUUCCGUGGUGGACACAUGCUAUUGGUAGUCCCAAUUUUAAUUUUACUUGUAUCAUUUUCUUUAGCUGACAAUGGAUCACCUCGUCAUUACUGUCUUUUCUGUGUUCUUUUUUGGAUGAAAAUUUUCAGCUCUCAAUUCCUACUCUUAUUUCAAAGUUUUAUAUUGUCUUCCCCCCCCUUCCACAUUCUGCCUCAACAUAAGCGAAGACGAUCAUGGCGGUACGGUAUAUGUUGAUCUCAUUUCAGACAUCAAUGAGUGCUCUGAGAAUACUCACAAAUUUAGCAAGGGGAAAGCCACUUGUGCAAACACCGCAGGAUCAUUCAUCUGCUCUUGUAGGCCUGGUUUCACUGGAGAUGGGCGCAACUGCCGAGGUAAAAUCCUUAAAGGCAUAAUAUCAUUUAUCAGAAAAAAAAAUUCACUGUUGCUGUUGUCUGCUCCCUAAGGGCGCUAACGCACUGAAAAAAACUUCAAUCGACAGGGCCUGGUUGUUUUUUUAUCGGACGAUUUAAUUACGCCGAAGAGGGCAUAACGAGAUCUAAGAGUAACGUUAUUUGACAGGUUUGUCUGGGGAUCAGGGGUCCACCUGGCAUUCUCAAUCAGGAACAAUGAUUUUUUCCCUCGUCUUGCAAAACACUAUUACUCUGCAGCUUCCCUUACAAUUUUUGCCCGGAUUAAUGGCAUCUUUUCAUUCAUUCAUUCCUAUACCUGUUGUCUUUUUCGCACUGUGUUCAAUUUCUUUCCACCGCCUUGAUUAACUUUCGCUUUCUCUGUCGCGUCAACUAAGAAUCAGUGGCUUGAUCGAUAUCACUAAAUGAUGACGAAAGUUUUUGUUCUCUGUGCAAACUCUAAAUCCAAAUUAUCUCAUAAACAAAAGACUGCUAAACUCCUACGAUUACAAUGAGUAUACUGCACUGAAGGGUUUGUCUGAAACCAUCCUGCGCCUUGAGUUUUACAGCCAAAACCAUUACAACUGGCACGGUGUAAAAUAUGGACUGGACUAUUUUUGGACCAUUUUCGGACCAUUUUAUAGGGGGAAUGUACACCAUUAGUGCCCAGGGAGGGGUGGGAUGCAGUCUAUCAGUACUGAGGGAGGGGUGGGAGGCAGAGUGUUAUUACCCAGGGAGCCGAAAAUUUUCCACUUUUUCUGUCCGAAUACAGUCCUCUUAGGUUAAAAAAUCCUGAAUGAGCAAAUGAACGAUAUAUUGUGCAAAACCACAUUUUUACAAAUUGUUUUUGACGCUUAAUCGACGGCCACUUUGAAAACGUUCCGAUUCAGGUCAAGUGAUAUGAUACGUCACACGUGUGUGUGUAAGGUAGUGAAAAGCGUCCUGACCUAAGCGUCAAGACCUAAAAGUAACAACUUCGCCCUCGCUGUCUGACUGCUGCCGAAAUUUUCGAGCGAAAAAAAAUAAGAUUUGAUCCAUUCUUAUAUAGGCCACCAAUUAGAGACUAUGAAAGACGAAGUGAGAAAGGAAGUAAUGAAGGUUGAAUAAUCGAUACGCGACGGAUCGUGUCUUUAUUCAGAGCUACAAGUAAUUUGCACGUCAUUCCAAACAGCUGUAAAAAAAAUAUGUUCCCAUAUUUUUUUCCUCGUAACCAUUAUCGAGUCCCAUACGUAAAUAAAUAUUUUUCAAUCCAUGCCGAAAAGUAUUUGACUUUAGAUUUUGUCCGAUGUAUAUCACUGUGGCCUCAGGCCCAUCGGUUCUGGGGUGAGCGUGACUAAGCGCAAAGUGUUGUCGCGUAUCACGGGAGGUCGUCAUCUGGUCAUCUGGUUUCGUGAACGAAGCUCUUCUUCCACGUUCCGGAUAUGUACAAGAAUUAUCCUUUUUUAACGGAGACUAGUGAGCAACACAAAGGAAUACUUCUUGCUGUUGUAACUUUUUGUUUAUUUCUUUCGACGCGUUUCGUCUCUAGCUGAGAGUUCUCCAGGAAUGAUUACAACAACUAUAGCACAUUCGUGUGCCCAAGUUUAUUUAACUUUCAAUGGAAGUGUAUAAUAACAGAAACAUGCUGUAAACGGAUGUCGCAAGAAAUGCCCUGUCAAGAAUGCCACACUCAAGCGUUGUUUCUCAUUUGCGACGGCAAACAUGAUAAAACCAAUCCUAUCUGAAAGGUUACUCGUUUCAAAAAUGUAUGACUGUCAGCUGAGUGUACAGUAAACUACUCACACUCGUAUAUCGUAAAUAAAACAAGCCGACAGCCUGAGAGAGGAAAACGUUAAAGCACGUCAUGGGACUACCUCGCCUCCACCGUUUAAAAGGCAGUGCUUUGGUAGAAAAAGGAACCAACUGAGCGACGCAUUCGUCCUACGGAAAUAACGAGCACGUAAUGUUUCUCAUAUUACGACCUGAACUUUAAAAAGAAAAAAAUACAUAUAUAUUUAUAUAUAUUUGUUCAUGCUUAAGUUAGACAAAACUGUACCACUCUUAGCCGCGUUGACAUUAACAAUAUGGACGGAAAACAACAGAAUGUAAAACAAAGAAAAUGAAAACCGAAUGCUAUUUUGCUGCAUCAUGUUUUAACGUAAAAGCCGACAAAUCUUUAAUCGUUCGCCAAAUUCAACACAAGAAAACUUAAAACCAAUUCAAUUGCGUGGAAACGUGCAUAAUCCAUCCAAUUCAGCUCCACAAGCGUGUAUUUCUAUAUUUUUAGUCAGUGAAACCUUAGCUUCACAAGGUGCGUGCGCGUAGCAUAAGAACACUUCGUCCCCCACGGUAUUCAAGAGUCUGCACAUUUGGGUUUUUUUUUUCUUGAUCGAUCCCACAUUUUAAUAGGCUCUGAUUUUCAGAUACUUUUUUUUACAAGCGUAAAUCUACUCACCAUUCUCGCUUUCUUGAUUAAGGCGGCCGCGGCGCACAGGCUCGUGAUCCUCUUCUGACUCUCGCGCACUAUUUUAGUUUCGUCCUGGCGAUUCAAAUCGCGAGGGCCGGAUUUUAUCAAAAGGUUUAUAAACUCUUUUAUUAUGUUAACCUUCCAUCGAGGCCUCAUAAUCCUAAUUAUCAGACACCGAAAUAGAACUGCUUUCACUCGAAGCGCUAUCCGCCAUAUUUACUUUGCUUAAUGUACACACGUGUGACGUUAGGUCACAUGAUCAAAAUCGAAGUGUUUGCGGCGGAUGACCAGCGAAGCUGCAUUAAGGACUCUUUCCCCGGCGAAAAAAGGCACAAAAAGGCAUUCGAGGCACCUCGUAUCUGUUUCAAUGUGUUACCCGAGGCAUUUAGAUGGUAGUUCGAAAAAGAUACCUUUUAGCCGUCCGUUACCUUCUGAUAGAGCUUUUACUCGAUCGUACAAAUUAUUUUAAUUUGUUUUUCGACUGUCUUUUUGUAUGUCAAAAUUUUUGCGCUGGACCGCGGCGAUUCUUUUUUUUUUGGUCAUGCGGAAGCGAAAUUGCCACUUAAACACUGGACUUUAAUUGAAAAUUGAAAAUAUCGCGUUUACGAUCCUCCACUGUUGAGUUAUGCGUGUGCGCUUUGAGUCGACUUGAGCACCAUCAGUUGCUUCACGUUUCCCUUUGUGUAUACAGUAUACAAUUGCUAAAUUUAUCUAUCUUUUCCGCUCCUUUACUCACAACGCAUACGUCAAACGACUUACAUUCCAUCACGUAUCAUGUUUAAAUCAAAGUUUAAUCAGAACAUACCUAAUCAUUGCCCGGCAUGAACAUUAGGCAAUUUUUCACGUGCUUGAAUUGUAUUCCACCAAUUAAAUUCCAUUUUGCCACAUUGGACUCCACUCUAUUGCGUGUCAUUUUCUUGUAAACGACUUGCAUUUUAUAACGUAUUCUAGCUGCAUUGUCCAACCCCACUGAAAAACAUUCAUGUGGAACUAAAUGCUACUGAUAAUGAGUUUUCCACGCAAUUCUCCCGCGUUUUUUCGCGUGUUAAUUCCUUGUAAAACAACCUGCAUUUUAUCACGCAUCUCACACACAGCGGGCAAAGUCCAGAUAGGCAAAAAACAAAUCAAGGAGCCUCCUUUGAAAUAUCAUGCCUUCUCUUGUUCAAUGUAUCUUCACCUAUUCGAGAUCGCAGAAUGUCUUUGGUCAGGGUCUAUUAGAGGUACAACGAAGUUUGAGUUUGCUUUUCGUAGUAAAAUUACGCGGAAUUGUAUUUUUGAGGUAACUAACUAUAGACAAACAAUUUUGAUUUUCUCUCUAUCGGAGGACCGGCAAUAAGCGUAGUCUCUUUAGCCACCCUUUUUUUGGUCUCGUCACGCGACGCGCUCCCUCUCAAACGGGAAAUAGAGGGCGUUGUGUGACGAGACCAAACAACGGCUGCGAAGGAGACAACAGGAAGCGCGGCACCGAUGCAUUUCAUUUUAACUUAGAAGUAAUCGGACAAUAGGGACAGUAGAUCACAUAAUAUGUGUGUGAGUUCAGAUAAAUUAGGUUUUUUUCUGUCUUUCCGCGAUAUUUUUGUCUUUUGAAAGUUGGGCUCUUUUCGGUGACGAAAAUGAAAACAUUAGGUACACAAACUGUCCCAUGUCAACCCACCCAACCAAAAAAUGACCCUUGCAUGCCUAUUUUUUUUAAGUCAAACUAAACAACAUUAUUUUACCUAAAGUUUCCGAGACAGAAGUUGCUCAAUAUCAAGACGCGCGCCAAAGAGAAAUUGGUUUCGAAUUGGAUUAUUUAGCCCGUCGCAGCAAAAUAUCCUACUAAUAUCCGAGGUAGUUCUUACUAAGUUCGUGUUAACCGUGCCUGAGGGUCGUAUUGGCUAAAAUUGGCCCGAGGUCACGACAUUACGGACCAAGCACAGCAGGGCCUGUACAAAAACGACUGAGGGCCACUCUUUUCAUCACAGUUUGAGCAUGCAACUUUAGCAAGUAAUUUAUUUUUAAGCACCCAGACCAAACUGGCAUAUGAACAUGCGGCUUUAGCAAACAAAUGUGCGUGGUUUAUGACUGCUACCAUUUAAAACGAUUAUCAUCCAUACGGGAAAAAAGCAUGAAAUUGACUCAUGUAUGUGGCCUGCAACAUUUCUAGCGUUGCACUUAUCAUUCCUGUCCUAUAUUGUAUGUGUAAUUUGCAAUCUAUAUUAACAGAUAGUGAUGAAUGUUCCAGCUAUGUUCACAAUUGCCACAAGUCAGCUUCUUGUACCAACACGGUAGGAUCGUUCAAGUGCUCAUGUAACCUGCCCUACAUAGGGGAUGGAAGAUCUUGCAUUCCUCUCCCGUCAGGUACAAAGUCGAGUCAGGUCUCCCAAAAUUUCUGUUCUUGUAACUAUGCUUUACGCAGGCAUCCAGCUUGAGGUAGAUACAAACAACAGGGAGUAAUAAACUUAUUACUCAGAUAGUAAUCAAUCAACUAGCAACGUAUUUUAUUUGCUUUUUUUUUUGCACUCAAGGAUUGUUAAUAUGUCAUAUCUUUGGAUUUCACAAAAGCGGAAAUCCAAGGUAAUUAACAAUUAUCCACUGAGGAGGAGAGUUGUGGUGGAUAUUUACCGAGCCGUCAAGUGCAGAGAUAAACUUCCAUCACUUUAACAGAUAGUAGUAAUGAAGAAUGUGUGAAUGUCAGACAUUGUAACGAAAAUUGCUUGAAAAUUAAAUUUGUCUGAAUAGAACAAGCUAGUCAUUCUCGAACCAGCCUUGCUUGGCAAGCAAUAUUUCCUAUGGAUGUAAGGCCGAAGAUCUUGAGUAAACGAAGAAAGUCAAAACAAGGAAAAACAUGACUACUUAAAUUGAAUUCAUGUUGUAAAUCUUUGAUGUGAUUAUUCGGCCGUUAAACUAUUUGUUUUGUCAUGAUGGCUGGAUAUUGGCUGCGUUUUUAUCAAGUUUUUUUUCCCAGAGUCGAAAACGUUAGAUUACUACACCAGGAGGUUUUAAUCUCUUAAUUAUAUUAAUAAAUAGUGCAAAAGUCAUAUAUUUUAUUUUAAAUCAAAUACCAAGGGUUUUACCUGGUUUGUUUCCAUUUUCUACUCUGUCCAUUUUAGAAUGUCAAAACUAUCAAAGUCUGAGCGGGGCAGACAGAAAGAUAACCUAUGGCAAUCAAAACACGGUUUGUGACAGGGGUAUUCAUGGUUGGUAUCGUUCUGAAGGAGCAGCAGGUACAAGAAUACUUUCUUCAUGUCCACCGAAACACCAAAUAGUACACAUCCCACAGUGGCUUAUGGUCAGGUCACCAGGACAGUUUGCUUCCACUGGAAAUCAAACUGCUGCAACUGGUCAAGUUCCGUCAAAGUGA